CCUCCCCACGUGUCUGCGUGUGGAGCUCAGUCAAUCAUGGCACCGACACCACCAGCUCGCCUCCUCCGCCCGAGCUAGACCUCCCCCAGCUCCGGGCCCUCACACGGAUGAGAUAGCGGCACCUCCACGGUGAAGCGAGCAGGUGGGGCUUUCAGGUUGGAUGUUGUAGAUCUGCUGCCGCUCCCCUCCUGUUUCAUCUCCUCCUCGCUCUGCUCACUUCAAUAUGGCGAGCACGGAUGAUGAUGACCCCAUUAUAGAAGAGAUUGAUGUGUACCUCGCCAAAAGCCUCGCAGACAAGCUGUAUCUUUUCCAGUACCCUGUCCGACCAUCCACCAUGACCUAUGACGAUGUCAACCACCUGAUGGCUAAGAUCAAACCCAAGCAGCAAAGGGUGGAGUUGGAAAUGGCCAUCAACGCAAUGAGUCCAAACUACUGUCGCAGCAAGGGAGAACAAAUAGCUCUGAACGUGGAUGGAACAACCUUCGAUGAAACCAACACGUAUUCAGUGAAGAUGAUGGACAAACAGACCUUCUCCUCCAUUCAAGCCACCACCAACACCUCCCGAUACGCUGCUGCCGUGUUUCGCAAAGGUGAGCUUCACAUCACACCUCUGACAGGAAUCCUCCAGAUGAGACCCAGCUUCUCUUACCUGGACAAGGCUGAUAACAAAACCAGGGAGAGGGAGGCAGCCAAUGAAGGUGGAGACUCCUCACAGGAUGAAGCUGAGGAAGAUGUCAAGGCCGUCACAGUGAGGUUUGCUCGCCCUGAGUCAGAGCAGGCUCGGCAGAGGAGGAUCCACUCCUACGAGUUCCUUCAGAAGAAGCAGGCGGAGGAGCCCUGGGUUCACCUGCACUACCAUGGUGUCAAGGAUAGUCGGUCAGAGCAUGAAAGGCAGUACCUCUUCUGUCAGUCAGUGGACGCCUCUGAGAACUCGGAACUGGUCAAAACUCCCAAGGAGUACCUGGCCAUGCUGAUGCCCCCUCUCGCUGAGGAAAAAAUUGUGAAGCCUGUUGGUCCCAGUAAUGUGCUCUCCAUGGCUCAGCUGCGUACUCUGCCGCUGGGAGAGCAAGUCAAGACCUUGAUGAAGAAUGUCAAGAUGAUGCCGUUUGCUAACCUCAUGGGCCUCCUCGCCUCUGGCACAGACUCAACCGCGGUGUUGCGCUGCAUCCAACAGGUGGCGCUGCUGGUUCAGGGGAACUGGGUUGUCAAGAGUGAUGUUCUGUAUCCUAAAAACACGUGCAGUCCUCACAGUGGCGUCCCUGCUGAGGUGCUCUGUCGGGGCAGAGACUUUGUGAUGUGGAGGUUCACUCUGGAGCGCUCUGUGAUGAGGAAGGAAAUUGCAUCCACCAUCAAACUUCCUCCGGAGGAUGUGAAAGAGUUCCUGGAGCAUGUGGCAAUACCUCGGAUCAACCGGGGCUGGGAGUUCCUGCUGCCUACUGACGGCGAGUUCAUUAAGAAACACCCAGAUGUGGCCCACAGGCAACACAUGCUGUGGCUUGGCAUCCAGAGCAAAUUGGAAAAGGUCUUUAACUUCUCUAAAGAAGACUUUAUGCCAAAGAAUGCUCCUCAACCAGAGCCUGUUAAUGUCACUGGGGAGGAGCGGCUGAAGAUGGCACAGGAGCGAGCGCAUGAAAACAUUUCGUCCCUCCAGAAGGACCUGGACACCAAACGGGCAGGAAGCUCCGUCCACAUCAAACAGGAACCUGUCAGCGACAAGGACGACGAGCCGAUGGACACCACCUCCCCGCCCUCCUCUUCCAUCCCCAACGGUUCUGUAAAUGGUUACCCCAGCACCACCUCCCCCAACUUCGAUCACACUAACGGCAACACGCCGUCCCCAGAGCUGCAGGACUUUGUGACAAAGACUUUCAGGAAGCAUUUUGUACUGACGCUGAACGAGCUAAAGAGGCUGUUUAACCUCCACCUGGCCUCCAUGCCAGCGGGAUGGAGUGUCUUCCAAUCCGUCUCGGACCACGUGCUGCAGGACGCCAUGCUGCUCUGCCGCUGCAAACAGAUAAUGGUGCCUUUUCCUGCUCAGACCACAGCAGCAGCCGAUGAACAGAAGGUGUUUGGUUUGUGGGAAACUGGUGAAGACUUCGACAAGCACCGCCGGCUGCUGUACGAACUGUUCACGAAGAAUUACCGCAUCAGGAGGAACAUGAUACAAGCGCGACUGGCACAGGACUUUGAAGACGUACCUAAGACGGACGUCGACCGGGUGCUCAAGGAGUGCUGCAUCAGCCACGCAGGGAUGUGGUACCUCAAGGGAACGAUUCAGUCUUGACACUGACAUCCUGCCCCCUGCGGUUCACCGACAACCAAUGAAAUCCUCUCCCGGGUGUCCAGUGGGAGGGCAGUCAAAGGGACGAGAGCCAAUCACAGCUUGCCCAGCUCUGAAGCCGGGCGGCUGACUGGAGGAAAAAGAUUUCAGCUGUCGGCUCUGCUCAGAACUCAAAGCUUUUCUCGUUUCAUCUGAAACGUUAGCCUGAGCACUCUGAUGGUGAACUGAAGCUCCUCCCAUAACCACACAGACAGCUGGAGAAACUGGGGGCAACUUCUAAAUAUACAAAGAUGAAGAAACAGACAGAUGCGUAUACGGUUUAUCUGUAGAUUUAUAAACUUUUACCAGAUCAUGGGGGUGUUAACCAUGAAAACAAACCACAGCUCAAUAUAUUUUCAUUUUACUUUGAUUAAACGUCACCAUGGAAAAAAUUGUCAACAAAGCAAACAUUAUUUAAGGCCUUCUAGGUAGAAAACAUUGAAUCUGACAUAUUUUUUAUCCAUUAAAUUCACUCCUUUUUGAUGGAUCUUUGUCUCCCUCAAUACACACGUGUCAGAAGUGAGCUUUAAGCGUGGAUGAUGUGAUGUAAUUAAAUUGUGUGAAAAGCAAAAAAUUAGGGAAACGUUGCCGAGAGUCAACAAAAGGGACUGGGGAAAAAAAAGGGUGCAAAAAGUCCCUGAAAUCCUUCUUCUCGUAUUAUUAAACUGAAAUCACUUCAUUCUUUUUGGGCACUUACGAACCUGGAAACUGCUGCAGCAGAUGUAGCUCUUCCCACGUUUGUAUAUUAUUUAGUCAAAUCUUAAAUUUGAGAAGAAGUGGAUAAAAUGCUUGAUGUUGAGGGGUUUUUUUUCUCGGUUGAAUGUAAAGAUGCGUUUUCUUUGUGAGAGGCAAUCAAGAGACUGAUUUUGAUGAGAGCCAAUAAAGAUGCAAUUUGGACGAAAGUUUUUUCAUAAAUCUGUUUGGGAUUUAAUUUUGGUACGUGCUAAAAAAAAAGAAUGGAUGUCUUUGGAGCUUUGUUUGGGCGGUGGAAGAGUUGUUGCUAUGGAAACGCUGGUAUAUUGACAUGCGCUGCUAUCUCGAGCCUCCAUCUGAAGUGCCUCUACCUCAAAGUGAUCAGGACAAACUCCCACUUGUUCACGUGACGAAUUAGAGGAACCAGAAUGUUUUUAGUCUGACUGGAGACAUUAAACAGUAAAUCUGAUUCUCAAGUGUUCAUGUCAGGCUACGGUUAGGAUUUCCUACUUCAGCAAACGACAGUUGUAUUAUUUUCUCUGCAUUGGUUUGUUACUUUGCUCAAUAAACAUGUCAAGUUGCAA